UUCAAUCCCUUUCACUUUCUCCUUCAACCUCCCAACCAUGGCCGCCCAUCGUCCAAGCUAUCGGAGACGCAAGUCCGAUACUUUUUUACAGAAAGUCAAGGCCCUUGCACCAGACUCCGGUCAACUUCUCGGUUUCAUCAUCCUCUUCAUUUUGGCCUCCGUUCUCAUUAUUCUCACCGGCCUCGCCGCCACCGCCGUCAUUCUCGGGUUCAUCUUUUUUAUGCCGUUGAUAUUGGUUUCUAGCCCCGUGUGGUUCCCUAUAGGCGCCGUGCUGUUCGUUAGCAUCGUCGGGUUCUUGUCGUCUUGCAGCUUCGGAGCUGUUGCCGUGGCGGUGUUAUUAUGGCCGUAUCGUUACGCAAACGGCACGCAACCAGUGGAGUCCGGUACGCUUGACCAACGGGGAAAAAGGAUAAUAGAUGAGAAAUACAAUCAUGCUAAGCAAUAUGGUGUUAAGAUGAUCGCGUAAUUAAAUAACGGGGAAA